UGGCAGUUAUAUCCAGAUAAAUCUAAAGAGAAAGCAACAAUCAAAAGCCCUAUCCAUAUUCUGUGCAAAACGUUUUGAAGAAUUGUUUCACAUAAUUAUUGACGUCACAUUUCCUCUGCAGAAAACAGAGCUGUAACAGAAAACAAGAACCAGUUUUUUUUCUUUCCGAGAAUCAGUUGCUUUGUGAGAACAUGACUCAGCAAUGAUGGGGCUGUUGGAGGCAGGAGUUGUAUAAAUACAGGGAGCACAGAGCAGGUUUCUAUCACACUUCAAUCCUUGAAGAUUACAAGCUUUCAUCCCAACAGCAGCUCUGAACCAUCUCUGAACUAUGAAGACUCUGGUGACGCUCGUACUUCUGAUCUGCGUCCUGCGUCACUGCACUGCCGCUCCGUUUGGACCAUCAACACCAAAGGAUGGAUGUUGUGAAGGCUUCACUAAAAAAAGAAUUCCCAAACAAAUGGUGAAACACAUGGCGAGGACCCCGAGUGACUGUGAACCCCGAGCAAUUGUAAUCACAACUGUAUGUCUGAAGAAGUUCUGUAUUGAUCCUAACCUGCCCCUCGCAAAGAACCAAUUGGCACUUUUCGAGACGUCACCAUCUGCAAAUGGUUUCAAUGUUGGAACAUGUCCAACGAGACAAUACAAGUGACAGGCUGAUCACAUUGUGAGGCAGAGUGUCUUUUAAGAUAAGACAAUAUCAACUACUAUUGUAUGUUACUGAAUUAAUAUUAAGAUGUAUGAGUCCUCAUGUGUGUGUAUGACAUUGCCUAAGUUAAUAUUUGGAGAACAUUGUAAAUGUAUUUUUGCUACACAGUGACUGUCCCUUUUAGAAUAAAAGAUUAUUUUUGUA